AUGGAUGCUCCGCCGGUCCGCCAGAGCCGGGGGCGGGGAAAGCAAAAGCACGCACUCCAAGUGCGCCCCCGCCCAGGAGUCUCCGGGAGCGCGGGGCCGCCCCCUUCGUCCCUCACCAGCCCUUGGCUGAGCACCCAAUCGAGAAACAGAGUCGGCUGUCAGUUCUUUGCUUGGUUUUUGGGCGGCAGCAGCCGUAGAAGGAACAUGGCGCUUGUAGGCAGCCAAGUGGAACUGGAAGCUGAUGAGGACAUCUUUGAAGAUGCCUUGGAAACCAUCUCUAUGUCUCCUCACUCAGAUAUGGCAACAAGCAACUUUCACUUUGCAUCAUGUGAUACAAAACGGGCAUCCCGACAGCUUGGAACAUCAGAUGUGAGCAGUUCAUCAUCAACCAGAAUGGAUCUCAAGAGUGGCCUAGAAGAAUGUGCAGUGGCAUUGAAUUUAUUUCUAAGUAACAAAUUUACAGAUGCCUUAGAAUUGCUUCGUCCAGGGGCUAAGGAGAGUAUGUACCAUGCCUUGGGCUAUAGUACCAUUGUGGUGUUGCAGGCUGUCAUGACCUUUGAGCAACAGGACAUCCAAAAAGGCAUUUCUGCCAUGAAGGACGCUUUACAAACCUGCCAAAAAUACAGGAAAAAGUGCACAGUUGUAGAAUCUUUCUCCAGUCUUCUUUCUCGAGGAUCAUUGGAACAACUGAGUGAAGAGGAAAUGCAUGCUGAAAUCUGUUAUGCCGAGUGUCUCCUACAGAAAGCAGCACUCACGUUUGUGCAGGAUGAAAAUAUGAUCAACUUCAUCAAAGGUGGACUCAAAAUUAGAACAAGUUACCAAAUAUAUAAAGAAUGUCUUUCUAUCCUGCAUGUAAUGCAGAAGAAUAAACUUGAGCAAGAAUUCUUUUAUGAGUUUGAAGGAGGUGUCAAGCUUGGAACAGGGGCCUUUAACUUGAUGCUGUCCCUUUUACCAGCAAGGAUUAUCAGAUUAUUAGAGUUUAUUGGAUUUUCUGGAAACAGGGAGUUGGGCCUCCUGCAGCUUCGGGAAGGUGCAUCGGGUAGAAGCAUGAGGUCGCCACUGUGCUGCCUAACCAUCCUGGCUUUCCAUACUUAUAUCUCCCUCAUACUUGGUACAGGAGAAGUGAAUGUUGUGGAAGCAGAGAGUCUCCUUGCACCCUUCCUCCAGCAGUUUCCAAAUGGCUCCCUCAUGUUGUUUUAUCAUGCCCGAAUCGAGUUGCUGAAAGGGAAUAUUGAAGAGGCACAAGAGAUAUUUCGAAAAUGCAUUUCAGUUCAAGAAGAAUGGAAACAGUUUCACCAUCUCUGUUACUGGGAGUUAAUGUGGAUUUAUGUAUUCCAACAAAAUUGGAUGCAGGCGUAUUACUAUUCAGAUCUGCUUUGCAAAGAGAGUAAGUGGUCCAAGGCAACGUAUGUAUUUUUGAAAGCUGCAAUUUUGAGUAUGCUUCCUGAGGAAGAUGUGGUGGCAACUAAUGAGAACGUGGUAACUUUAUUCAGACAGGUGGAUGGUUUGAAGCAAAGAAUUGCUGGUAAAUCUCUCCCUACUGAGAAGUUUGCAGUGAGGAAGGCUCGGCGUUACUCCCCCUCCUUGCCUGCCCCUGUGAAGCUCAUCCUUCCAGCCCUGGAAAUGAUGUAUGUCUGGAAUGGUUUUUCAAUAGUGAGCAAAAGAAAAGACCUUUCUGAAAAUCUCUUGGUAACCGUUGAAAUGGCUGAGGCGGCUUUACAAAAUGAAACCUUUAGUGACUACUCUGUGGAUGAUGAGUGCUUAGUGAAAUUACUUAAAGGAUGCUGCCUCAAGAACCUGCAGCGACCAUUGCAAGCUGAACUGUGUUUCAAUCACGUUGUAGAAAGUGAAAAGCUACUAAAGUAUGACCACUACUUAGUGCCAUUCACUCUGUUUGAGUUGGCUUUUUUGUAUAAAAGCCAGGGGGAAAUCGACAAGGCCAUAAAGGUCCUAGAAACUGCAAGAAACAACUACAAAGAUUACUCCUUGGAGUCCAGGCUACACUUCAGGAUUCAGGCAGCUCUCCACCUCUGGAAAAAACCCUCCUCGGAUUGAUCAGGACACAGAUGAUGGAAUUCUCCCCAGUUAGCCUGGGCAUCUGCUAUAGAUUAGAUCUUGUUUUAAAGUGGAAAAGUGAUCUUGUGAAUAAGAGAUGGAAAAUUUAUUUUAUUGUCAAUAUUUUCUGUCAUCUGAAUGGUUUACUGUUGGUAUCCAUAAAAAUGUUUUUUUUCCUAUGGAAUGGCAUUCAGUAAUAGCUAGAAAAUCUCUACACUUUGCCUCUCCAAAAAGAAUUUCACAUUAGGUUUUAAUUGGGGCGAGGGGGUGAAGAUGUCUUUUUCAAAGACUCACAGGUACAAUAAAGAUAAAUUAGAUUUUUUUUUAAUGUAGAAAUUAAUAUUGUUUAGCAAAUGGCUUACAAGUCGAGCCAUUUUUAGUUUGUUCUUGGUCAGUUAAGCUUCAGAGAUAUUUUGUUGCCUAGUGUUUAAAUCUCAGAGGGGAAAUAAAUAUUGUAUUCAAAUCAUUUAAUGAACUUCUGAAGACUGAAAAAGAUAGGCAGAGUGCAUAAACUGAGUUGGGAUAAUUACUUCAUGUUUUAAAGAGACUUGUACCUGUAAAAGAUCAUGAAACUCCAAAUUAUUGGGUUUUUACUCCUCAUAUUGGUUAAAAGUUGUGACAGUUUUGAGAGACUAUCUUCAUUUUGAAUGUACUUAAGUCUAUCAUAAUAACAAAAAAUUUUAAAAGCUUGUAUAUAUAAAGGGAAGAAAAAGUCAUAUUUUAGAAAUUAUCCUUAACCUUAGUGAUAAAGCCUAAAAUAUAUACAUUGAUUAUUUUUCUUAUAGGAAGCAAAGUUCUUGCUGCUUUAAAUUAUAUAUUAAAAAAUCAAUAAUUUUUACACUUAUGAUAAGAUCUCAUUUUCUAAUCUCUCUAGCACUGUGAUGGUUCCUUAUAAAUAUUUGGACUGUGCUUAAUCCUUUAAUUGGGAAACAGGAUCAGGGCAUGGAGUAGGGAAAAGCCCAGCUCUGUGGUCCUGGCUCUGUCACUGAUGUACAGUUUAACAGAUGACCUUUAGGGAGUCCCUGCUCCCUGUGCAUCACCAUUGUUUCUUCAUCUAUGAUACGGAAAAACAACAGAUGACUUUCAAGGUCUCUUUCAGCUUUAUAACUGUGUGACUGUGUAUUAGGUAUUUAUUUUUGGCAGACUUUUGUGAAACGUUUCAUCCAAACCAUUCCCACCAAGAGCAUGUUUUAUUUUUCAGUCAUCACCAUUCCUUGCCUGUGUGUAUGUGUUGUGGCCAAGGACCAGAUUGCAUUUAGAAUGAAGAAAAGCUGUUCAUGAAUCUAUGAGUCUGGGUUUUGUCCUACUUCUAAUUUAAAGAAGGGCACUUAUCCUGGAAACCUCUGCAUUUUUACAGAAAGAGCCUCAGAUUGGGAGACCUUCUCUUCUGGUUAAUAGUUCCAUGAUAUUGGAGCAAGUGGUUUAUGCUUUGUGGGGCUCAGUUUUCCCAGUGGGAAUAACAAAGUAGUACUUGGUGCUUGUGAGGACUUAAUUAGAUAAUGCUCACAAUAGCAUUUUGUAAACUGUGAAAGGCUAUAUGAAUCUGAGUUGUUAUAAUCAUUAUGGUUUUUAAUGCACUGAUCACAGUAUAAAGAAAAGUAUUGACUGAGUCUUUGGUCUGUGCUGUAAAAUGAAAGAAGUAUGGAAAUUGGAAAACCAUUACAUUUAUUCAUGCAUUUGGUGCCGACAGUAGCCCAGAUUAUGGAUUUCCUCCUUGCUAUCCCCUGUUGCAGGAUUCUUUCCCUAGCAGGCAUUUGGCGAUGUUUUCGUUAAAGUACAAAUUCUUGACCACUGAAGAUGUAGUUCCAGUGGAAGCUAAUUAAUACAAGUCAAGUCAGAAUAGAGUCUUCAGAUAGUAUCAUGGCAGAUAUCAAGAUUAAUUAUAUAAUUACUUUAGGUACAAACUGAAGAGAAAAUAAAUUAACUCAUUAUUACUGUGAUUACUAGUAGAAAACAUUCAUUAAUUAUUUUCUGAAUAACUUUGAAAAAAGUUUAUAAAUUCUUUAGGAGAGCUUUGGUAGCAAUAUACCCUUAUUAUUUUUGUGAGAAGCUGCAAGUCAAAUAAAAAAAAUUCUUGUUCUGAUAUAAAAUGAAGAAAGCUAAUAGUGGCUAUUUUAAUUUUAGCUACAUUAUCAAACAUAAAUUCAUCUGUCCCAUUUAAAUUUUUCCUGUUCUUUUUCUUCCUUUUUUUUACUUCCUACUCUUUUCAUAGUUACAUGAUAAUAUGGAAAAAUCUAUCUAGUGCACUCUUAAGUACUAUUAUAGCAUUAGUUCUAGUAUAUUUGUUUUCUGUCAUGCCUAAGAUUUUGUGCUAGCACUAAAUCCUUGAUAUCAGCUGAUAAUUGCAUUUUUGGAGUUAUAUUGUAAUUUACGAUGUUCUUUGAAGAAUGAGUGCUGAAGUGACAAUGUUUUAUCUAAUCUUUUGAGGGGAAUGUGUGACGACAUUGAAUUGCCAAUGUGUCUGACAAUGUAAUUUGUGUAAUACCUGGUAAAACUGCCUUUUUUCCCCUUUUUAAUGGAGAGGCAGUGUUCUGAUUGGUGCAUCGUAAAAUAGAAUGGACUUCGACACGUCAUACAUAAAUGGAGUAUAACUUCUCGUUCUUCUGGUUGUAUGUGAUGUAGAAUCACAUUGGUCAUGUAGUCAUAUAUGCACAUAGGGUAAUAAUGUCGAAUUCAUUCUAUUA